AUAUUGGCCUUGUUCUCCGCCUUUAGGUUUUGCUGUUUGACGACGCCUCCCUGCUCACUUCAGCCUCCGGCCUUCUCUCUCUGUGAGACCUAAUACCAUGCCUUCAAUUAAGUUGCAGAGCUCUGAUGGAGAGAUAUUCGAAGUUGAUGUUGAAAUUGCAAAACAGUCUGUGACCAUCAAGACUAUGUUGGAAGCAGAUUUGGGAAUGGAUGAUGAAGGAGAUGAUGAUCCAGUCCCCUUGCCAAAUGUUAAUGCAGCAAUAUUAAAAAAGGUCAUUCAGUGGUGCACCCACCACAAGGAUGAUCCUCCUCCUCCUGAGGAUGAUGAGAACAAAGAAAAACGAACAGAUGAUAUACCUGUUUGGGAUCAAGAAUUCUUGAAAGUUGACCAAGGGACACUCUUUGAGCUUAUAUUGGCAGCAAACUACUUAGACAUUAAAGGUUUGCUUGAUGUUACCUGCAAGACUGUUGCUAAUAUGAUCAAGGGGAAAACUCCUGAGGAGAUUCGAAAGACAUUCAAUAUCAAAAAUGAUUUUACUGAAGAAGAGGAAGCCCAGGUACGCAAAGAGAACCAGUGGUGUGAGGAGAAGUGAAAUUUCGUGUCUAACGCUGUAACACUGUAAGGAUUAUUCCAAAUACUGGUUGCACCGCUUUGUUUAUAAUUGUUAAUAUUAGAAAAACAGUCAACAAAUGCAGCAGCAAGUCAAUUGUAUUAGCAGAAUGUUGUCCUCAUUGCAUGUGUAGUUUCAGUACAGUUCCCAAACUUACGGCCCAGUUUCUUCUAGUAUGAUUGAAAGUUUCUUUUCUUUGCUCUGAAUAAAAUUGAACUGUGGGUUCCCUAUAGAAAGUGG